AUGGAGAUUAGAGAGAAGAAAGAUGAGAAAAUGGAGAUGGUUAGAAGAAACCCAUCAGCUCUAGAUCAUCAUCGUCUUCCUCAGUACACUUACUCCCAAACCGCCGACAAAGAGAAACCCACCACCAAAAGAAACGGGUCGGACCCGGAUCCGGAUCCGGAUCUUGGAACCAACCCAAUUCUUAUAGCUCCUGCUCCAAGGUCAUACGCUAGGCCUCAACAAACUACUUCUCCUGGGAAGGCGAGGUAUAGAGAAUGCCAAAAGAACCACGCGGCGAGCUCCGGUGGACACGUGGUUGACGGUUGCGGCGAGUUUAUGUCUUCCGGGGAAGAGGGCACGGCGGAGUCUCUUCUUUGUGCAGCUUGUGAUUGUCACCGGAGCUUUCAUAGAAAAGAGAUCGAUGGUUUGUUUGUUGUCAAUUUCAACAGCUUUGGCCAUUCUCAAAGGCCGCUUGUUAACCGCCACGUGUCUCCGAUAAUGAUGAGCUUCGGUGGUGGUGGUGGUAAUGGUGGUCCGGCGGAGUCAUCAACGGAGGAUCUAAACAGGUUUCAUCAAUCUUUUAGUGGUAAUGGAGUGGAUCAGUUUCAUCAGUUCCAGCCCAAGAAACGGUUUAGGACAAAGUUUAAUGAAGAACAGAAGGAGAAGAUGAUGGAGUUUGCUGAGAAGAUUGGUUGGAGAAUGAUAAAGCAAGAAGAGGAUGAAGUGAAUCGGUUUUGUCGUGAGAUUAAUGUGAAAAGACAAGUGUUUAAAGUUUGGAUGCACAACAAUAAACAAGCAGCAAAGAAGAAGGAUUUGUAAGAGAUUCUUAUAUUAUAUAUAUACUAUUUUCCCUUCUCCUUGUUCAUCUUUUAAGAUUUUAUUGUUACAUUUUGGAAAGGAGAUUUGGAUUUAGGUUCAGAAUUGUUGUAUAACAAAAUUGAUUUUAGAGUUCA